AUGGGCGAUCGUGGAUCAGGUCUAUUCGAGCGGUCUGGAUCUCCUAGUCAGGCCAUGCAGCACUCUCAGCUGGCCCCGCUGCCCACCGAGCUGCCAUUCCGCAUUGUGUCGAAAACAAUCGGGCAGGGCGCCUAUGCCUGCAUCAAAAAGGCAUGUCCACUCCAGGAGGACAAGCCGGUCUUCGCGGUGAAGUUCAUUCACAAGGAAUAUGCCGCCCGCCAUGGCAAGAUUAGUCCUCGGCAAUUGCAGAUGGAAGUCACAGUACACAAGCAUAUAGGCGAUCACAAGAACAUCAUAUCCUUUUUCCAUACGGGCGAAGACGCGACAUGGCGAUGGAUAGCAAUGGAGCUCGCGGAAGGGGGAGACCUGUUCGACAAGAUCGAGGCCGAUGAAGGCGUUGGCGAGGACAUCGCGCAUGUCUACUUCACCCAGCUUAUCAGCGCGGUGAGUUACAUGCACUCGAAAGGCGUGGGUCAUCGCGACAUCAAGCCAGAGAACAUCUUGCUCUCGGCAGAUGGAAACCUGAAGAUCGCAGAUUUCGGGUUGGCCACGGUCUUUGAAUACAAUGGCAAGACAAAACUGUGCACGACGCUGUGUGGCAGCCCUCCGUACAUCGCGCCGGAAGUAAUUACGUGCAGCAACCGGGGUCAAGAGAAGGGCAAGGGCUAUCGGGCAGAUCUGGCCGAUAUUUGGUCCUGCGGCGUCGUACUUUUUGUGCUGCUGGCGGGCAAUACCCCAUGGGAUAGUCCAACAGAGAAUAGCUACGAAUUCAGCGAGUACGUCGCGAAAAAUGCGAGAACCACUGAUGAGCUAUGGCAGCGGCUACCGCGGGCAACACUGUCCCUCCUGCGAGGCAUGAUGAAAGUCGAUACUGAGAGCAGAUUUACUAUGGAAGACGUGCGAAGACACCCUUGGUUCACGCGUCAGAAUAAGUAUUUAUCCCCAGAUGGCAAAUUGCGAGAUCCUAUCAAUUUGGCUACCAGCAUGUUCGAGUCGCUGCACAUUGACUUCACCCAAGACCCUCUAGCUCAGUCACAAAGCAGCCGCCAGAGGCCUUCUUCGCCCGCCAUGGAUAUCGACACCGAAAAUGGUAUCGAGACCAGGCUAUCGUCGACGCAACCAGAGAUGCCGAUAAAUGACGUGCUCCUUGACUGGGACGCACCGCAUCUGAAUGCCAAUGGCUUUUCAUCGACUCAACCGACGGACCAUGUCUUGGCCACACAGGGUUUCCUGCUGGCAGAACGUCUCGAAGACGAACCUUCCUUGUCGCAGUUUAGUUCCAACCCAUCUGUUCCCCUCAGCCGCACACAGAAGGCUCAAAAGUUCCACGACAUUGUCCCUUCUCGCCCCUUAACACGGUUCUUCUCCGUGUGGGCUCUGAAGCUGCUCGUUCCGCUUCUCUGCGAGGCCCUCCAUCGCCUAGGCGUCCCCGUUCCGAUGCCGCCAACAGGGGCCGAAACGAGGACUCCUGUGGUGAUACGCGUCGCGACCAAGGAUCAGCGAAUGUGCAUGCUUCAGGGAAACAUUAUCGUUGAGUACGUAUCGGAGGGUUUGUACGAGGUGGAGUUUAUGAAGAUCAAGGGUGACCCACUCGAAUGGAGACGUUUCUUCAAAAAAGUGACGGUCUUAUGCAAAGACGCAGUAUAUAAACCUGACGGCUGA